UCUGGGGGAAAUUAUGGUUACGCAUGAAUCACCGCCAGAUCCGAUGCCAACCGCUUGGCACCGAUUCAUUCCCUGUGAGAGCCAAUUUGAAGGACCAGAUUUGAGUUCUUAUGGCUCUGCUUUAAGAAACAACACCGCAUUCUUUGAGCCCAUUGGCGCAGUCCCAAGCAUCCAGUAUCAUCGGGAAAGAAUGCCCAGAUCAAUAAACCUUGUUCACAGUCCUGUAACAGUAGCUGAAUCACAUAUCACCCACACCAGGCAUUUGAUGGAUCUUCUUGAAGUGGCCAACGUGCCUAACCAAGCCCACAGCCUCACGCUCUCUCUCAAUUCUCCGUUGCCUGAACCCAAUACCGUCCAAUUUGGGCACAGGCCCUUGGGUGGUACAGAUUUCAACAGUCCAAGCUACGUUGUCCCAGGGGAAUCAAGAGAAGCCUGCGAUGCAAGUAAUGACUCUGAAUUUGCUUCGUCCUCAGCUCCUCGGAACAGGCAGUGCUUCACUUCUUACCGGCCUGAUCUGGUUCCUUCCAUCAUUGGGAAUUCAACAUACUUGAAGCCAGCUCAGUCCCUUUUGGAAGAAAUUGUUAGUAUCUGCGGGAAUGGUGCUGAGAUUGCCAAUGAGAAGUACUUGAGGAAGCUAUAUGGAGGAGCAGAAAGAAAAGCAACUCUAGGGCUGGUUUCUGAAUUGAAGGAAGAAUUUGGCAAUAUUGGUCUCCCUCCAGAGAAACAUGAACUUCAAGCUAAACUUGCUAAGCUUGUUUCUUUACUGGAAGAGGUCGAAGCAAGAUUCAUGAAAUACUACUUCCACAUGGAGGAGGUGGCAUUGUCGUUCGAAUCGGUGGCAGGGCUGGGAGCGGCAAAAUCCUAUACUGCACUGGCCCUCCAAGCGAUGACUAGGCAUUUCUGCAAUUUGAGGGAUGCAAUAGUAUCUCAGAUUAAGAUCACAAGGAUAAAACUAUUUGAUGAUUCUUCGAGAAUUAACUGUGGCCUGUCGCGGCUGAGCCUGUUCAAUCGAGAAUGUAGGCAAAAGCAGAGGAAUUCUCUCCAACAGCUCGGAUUGAUGCAUGGUCAGAGGCAAGCUUGGAGGCCCAUCAGAGGGCUACCGGAGACUUCUCUGGCGAUCCUUCGCUCAUGGCUCUUUGAACACUUCCUCCAUCCUUAUCCAAAUGACUCCGAAAAGCUUAUGUUGGCAUCACAAACAGGCCUCACCAAGAAUCAGAUUUCAAACUGGUUCAUUAAUGCUCGAGUUCGGUUGUGGAAGCCUAUGAUCGAGGAGAUGUACAAGGAGGAAAUUGCAGAUUCAUCGGAGGACUCAAAUCCUUUGAUCAAAGGUUCCAUAACCGAUGAGGAUUCGACCAACCUCGAGGAUGAAUGAAUUGGUAAUGGUAAUAGUAAACCGAAUUUCACGGAAUGAGUUGACAAGAUCUGCUAGUUUGUCAGCUAAGAAUGGUCAAUGCCUUCAGGAUCUAAAUCGUGUACGCCCUGACUGCUAUGCACCAGCCGUUUUAUCGGCAUUCUGGUCUUAGUUUGGCAGGACGCCUACUUCAUUCAGCAAGGAAGUAGACCUAACGACCUUUCCUAUUCGAAUAGUAGUCCAUGUGA